AUGACUAAGAUCACCACCCUAUUGUUCGACUGCGACAACACCCUUGUCCUUUCAGAGGAACUCGCAUUCGAAGCAUGUGCAGACAUCGCCAACGAGAUCCUGGAAAAGCAAGGCCUCUCCGCCCGCUACACUGGCUCCCAGCUCAUCGUCGACUUUGUGGGCCAGAACUUCCGCGGAAUGAUGGGUGCACUGCAGUCAAAAUACAACUUCAAACUUCCUCAAGAUGAGCUCGAAGGCUACGUCAAGGAAGAAGAAAACCGCGUCAUCGCCAAGCUGGAGGCUAAAGCACGAGCCUGCGAAGGCGCCACGGAAGAAUUGGCCAAGCUGGCUGCUUCGAAGAAAUACGAAUUGGCGGUUGUUUCGUCUUCCGCUCUUCGUCGUGUGAGGGCUUCGAUCAAGAAAGUUGACCAGGAGCGCUUCUUCAACCAUGACCACGUUUUCAGCGCUGCUACCUCUCUUCCUACCCCAACUACCAAACCUGACCCUGCCAUCUAUCUACACGCUCUUAAAGUGCUUCACAAGGCUCCUGGCGAGUGCAUUGCUGUGGAGGACAGCAAAAGUGGUACUUUGAGUGCCAUCCGCUCUGAAAUCCCCGUCAUCGCGUACGUGGGCUGCUACGAGGGAAAACAGAAGCAGGAGGAGAUGGGAAAGACUCUGGUCGACCUCGGUGCCAAAGUUGUUAUGAAACAUUGGUCUGAAUUUGAAAAGUGUGUUGCUGAGAUCGAGGCGUAUUGA